AUGGAGUCGGCUUGGGCUCCGCAAGAUGGUGAAGAGUGGGAGCUUCGCCACGACGCCGAUGGCUUCACCUACAAAAUCCUCAAGCGCCAGCGCCUCGCCGACCCGUCCGUCGCUGUUUCACAACUUCCACUCACUGAUCCGAAAGUCGAGGAGAAGCAAAGGAGAGAACGCAAAAGAAACAUUCUCUUGAAACUUAAAAAUCAGUACCAAAAUGAGAUCCACAAGUGGGAAAUUUUGUCGAACAACUUACGUUCCAUUCAAGAAAAGAGCAAACAAGGGGACCAAGCUGCUUCUUUUUUAGGUUCCAGUAAUUCUUCUGUGGUCGAAACGAACGACGACUCUUCUGGGUCGUUAGUGGACGAGCUUCUCUUGCAGGCAGAGACACAAGAGGCAGUAAUCCGUGACAUAUCGAAUUUAUGCGAUGUAGCGGAAGCAAUGUGUGAUGCCCAACAAGAACAGUUAGUUCAGUCAUUUAUUGAUCUGCCGGUUUGGUCUUCACCGCGUGAGCUCAUGGAAUGCCUCUGCGACGAGUAA